UAGUCGGCUGGAUUGACGUCGAAUGCGAUGAGUAGGUCUGGCCUUCUGAGGCCUGUCGUGCCUGAGCCCGGGGCAGGCGCAACCCAGCGAUCGGCUACAACCAGUGUUGUGCCGGGGUUACCGAAGUGCUGGAUCAGGUGGUGGCUGUUCCCGAGCUUGUGCAGGUGGUCGUAGCUGGUCAUCUCGUCGGGCUCGCGCUUGGGGGGAUCCGGCAGGCGGAAGCGGACUUCCUGCCCUGGUUGCUGUGUUGUGGUGGCACUGGGCUUGGCGGUGGUCAUGUUGGACCUCCGGGGUUGUCGGAUUGGCC